AUGAAGUGGGAGGAGGUAGACCCAUUGAACGAAGUUAGUUACAUGAGUCACUUGAGAAAAUAGUGAUUUAUAUUUUCAUUUUAUGAAAACUCAAAUGUUGACAAUAAAAUGACGGCAGUAGAAUUUUUUGGUUGUACAUUUUUAGCCUUUGGGCCCCCAUUUGCUAUGUUCGUAUUUACAAUAGCUCAUGACCCAGUACGAAUAAUAAUUCUUAUAGCAGCAGCAUUUUUCUGGUUAAUGUCUUUACUACUGUCGUCGCUGUUAUGGUUCCUAGUGGUCCCCCUACGAAAAGAUCUAGUAUUUGGUUUGAUAUUCUCGGUGUUAUUUCAAGAAAUCUUUAGAUUCAUGAUUUAUAAGAUGUUACGAAGAGCAGAGAAUGGACUAAAGAAAAUAACAGACGAUAGUGCUACAUUAAUUGAAAAUAAACAUAUUUUGGCCUAUGUUAGUGGACUAGGAUUUGGAAUAAUGAGUGGAGCGUUUUCUUUGAUUAACGUUCUUGCAGACGCAGUGGGUCCAGGUACUAUGGGACUGAAAUCUGGAAAUGAAAUGUUUUUCUUAACUAGCUCUGCCAUCACUUUGUGUUUCAUCUUAUUACACACAUUUUGGGGUGUAAUAUACUUUAAUGCUUGGGAUAACAUGAAUAAACUUCAAAUAGGAUAUGUUGUUGCCUCCCACAUGGUUGUGUCUUGUCUAACCCUGUUGAACAGAUAUCAGAUUUAUUCGGCAUCGUUAAUUCCACUGUAUUCGAUUGUAAUUAUAACAGGGUUGUUUGCCUUUAAAGUGGCAGGGGGCUCAUAUGCUUCCUUUAAAAGUUGUCUUAAUUUUAAUUCUCGAUAAACGCUGAGAGUAGUCUAUGUAGUUUGAGAUUAAUUUCUAUUUAUUUUAAUACUAUUUGUAUACUGUAUAAGAUUUAAUAUUUUAUUUAUAUAAAAUU